AUGCCUAACACAAAUAAAGAUAAAAAUGUUCGUUUAGAAAGACAUAGUGCAGGGAAGACACCGGCUUAUGGAGAUUCAAGUGUUCGUGCAGGCACAGGAAAAUACAACUGGGGCAAUUCAAUAGACUCUACCGUUGCAGAGAGUAAACCUAUAGAUGAAAAAGACCCGAUGUAUGAUAGUGAAAUUGAAAAAAUUAACAAAUAUUUGAAGAAAUAA